GUCGUCGUCACCUCACCCUGUCCCGCCCCACUCCUUCCAGAACCACCUCCACGCCACCAUUGCUGCCGCUAUAAGACUCUUCACUCCCGUUGCAGCGCAACCCUCAUAAGCACCAGACAGUUUCAUCUCAGUUUCGAAGCUAGCUAGCUAGCUAGGCUCGGUCGCUGAGAGAAGCAGGCAUGGAGGGGAAGGAGGAGGACGUCCGCCUGGGCGCGAACAAGUUCUCGGAGCGCCAGCCCAUCGGCACGGCGGCGCAGGGCGCCGAGGACAAGGACUACAAGGAGCCCCCUCCGGCGCCGCUGUUCGAGCCCGGGGAGCUCAAGUCCUGGUCCUUCUACCGCGCCGGCAUCGCCGAGUUUGUGGCCACCUUCCUCUUCCUCUACAUCACCAUACUCACCGUCAUGGGCGUCUCCAAGUCCAGCUCCAAGUGCGCUACCGUCGGCAUCCAGGGCAUCGCCUGGUCCUUCGGCGGCAUGAUCUUCGCCCUCGUCUACUGCACCGCCGGCAUCUCCGGUGGACACAUCAACCCGGCGGUGACCUUCGGGCUGUUCCUGGCGAGGAAGCUGUCGCUCACCAGGGCGCUCUUCUACAUCGUGAUGCAGUGCCUGGGCGCCAUCUGCGGCGCCGGCGUCGUCAAGGGGUUCCAGCAGGGGCUGUAUAUGGGCAACGGCGGCGGCGCCAACGUCGUCGCGCCGGGCUACACCAAGGGUGACGGCCUCGGCGCAGAGAUUGUCGGCACCUUCAUCCUCGUCUACACCGUCUUCUCCGCCACCGACGCCAAGAGGAGCGCCAGGGACUCCCAUGUCCCGAUCCUUGCCCCGCUGCCAAUUGGGUUCGCAGUGUUUCUGGUCCACCUGGCCACCAUCCCCAUCACCGGCACCGGCAUCAACCCGGCCAGGAGCCUUGGCGCUGCCAUCAUCUACAAUAGGGACCAUGCCUGGGAUGACCAUUGGAUCUUCUGGGUCGGCCCCUUCAUCGGCGCUGCCCUGGCUGCCAUCUAUCACCAGGUGGUCAUCAGGGCGAUCCCUUUCAAGAGCAGGUCUUAAGCUGCUGCAGCUGUGAGAUGCCAAUCCAAAUCGCAAGCUCUGCUUCUGAAAGGAUGGCUGUUCCCGGUGCAUGCUAUGUUAUUGUCAAGUUCCGAUUAUCUUCAAGUUUGCUGUGUUACUACUGUCUUUAUCUGAACCCAGACUUGUAAUUCCAGUACCCCAAUUGUGUAUCCCGUUAUCUGCAAAUUUGAGUUAUGAAUGAGAUAUCCCGUUAUCUGCAAA